CACUAUCUUUAUACAUACCAACAAAAACAAAAUCUCCAACUAUACCAAAUUCAUCACCAUUAUUGUUCCAAUCACAAUCACAUACAACAAAAGCCCUCCUCACUGCUCUGUUUUCUUAACGAUUCGGGUUCGUUUCAUUGGCUUCUUUACUGGAAUCCCUGUAUAAAAGAAAUUUGCAGAGGAAGAAUCUGAAAUGGAGACGGGGUUGGUUCAUAAAAAUGGCGGAACCCCACCUCAUUUCCUGAUAUCAUUUGUAGAAGGGGAGGUGGAGAAGAAGAAGGAGGAGGAAGGGGGAAAUGUCUAAUUAUGCGUUCUUGAACGAUCAGCUCUCGAGGAGGAUCUCCAUUUUUGGUUUGCGGUUGUGGGUCGCUCUGGGAAUUUGCGUGGGUGCCGCCAUUGUUAUCGUUCUGUUCUUCAUUUCGUUGUGGUUCAUUGUCAGGCGCAACAGGGCGUCUAAAUCUAAGCCCUCUUUGAACCCCAUUACCCCAAAUGUCUCGAAGGAAAUCCAGGAAAUACGAAUCGACCAUUCUUGCAGCUCGAUUCAUUCUGACCCUGAGUCCUUGCCGGAGGCAGAACAGCUUCAGACGGAACAAGGGAGCCCAGGUAAUGGACGCCGUAGAAUCCACAUUGAAAUUGGGAAGGAUCGCCGGAUUUCGUUCCCGGAGAGGGACGGCGGUUCGUGUCACGGUAGUGGAGAGGUUCGGUCCGGUGAGCAGGUGUCGGUGGUUUCGCAUUUGGGUUGGGGACAUAGGUAUACUCUCAGAGAGCUUGAGUGUUCUACUAAUGGCUUUGCGGAUGAUCAUGUCAUUGGUGAAGGCGGAUAUGGAAUUGUGUACCGUGGUGUUCUUGAGGACAACACUGUGGUAGCCAUCAAAAACUUGCUCAAUAACAGGGGACAGGCUGAGAAGGAGUUUAAGGUUGAAGUGGAAGCAAUUGGACGCGUUCGACACAAGAAUCUGGUGCGUUUGCUUGGCUAUUGUGCUGAACGAGCUCACAGGAUGCUUAUUUACGAGUACGUCGAUAGCGGAAACUUAGAACAGUGGCUUCAUGGAGAAGUUGGGCUUUCUAGCCCUCUCCCUUGGGACAUUAGAAUGAACAUAAUUGUUGGAACAGCAAAAGGGUUAACGUACCUCCACGACGGGCUCGAGCCUAAGGUUGUUCACCGUGAUAUCAAGUCGAGUAACAUUUUGCUUGACAAGCAAUGGAAUCCAAAAGUCUCCGACUUCGGCCUUGCUAAGCUUCUUGGAUCAGAGAGGAGUUAUGUAACAACUCGUGUGAUGGGAACUUUCGGCUAUGUAGCUCCCGAGUAUGCUAGCACUGGCAUGUUGAAUGAAAAAAGUGAUGUAUAUAGCUUUGGUAUCCUCAUUAUGGAGAUAAUUUCAGGGAGAAAUCCAGUAGAUUAUAGCCGCCCUUCAGGAGAGGUCAACUUGGUUGAGUGGCUUAAAUCAAUGGUUAGUAAUCGGAACACCGAGGGAGUUCUGGAUCCUAAGUUGCCCGAGAAGCCUUCGUCGAGGGUGCUAAAGCGUGCUCUGUUAGUCGCGUUACGGUGCGUGGAUCCUAACGUUCAGAAGAGGCCUAAAAUGGGGCAUGUAAUUCAUAUGCUUGAAGCUGAUGAGUUCCCUUUCCGAGAUGAUCGUAGAGCGGGACGGGAACAACCAGGUCGAUCGCUGCUAAAGGAAAAGCUCAUGGAAAGGCUUGUGAAUGAAUCUGGAGACAGCAGCGGGUAUGAAAGUGGAGCAACUCAAGCAAGCCGACAUGUAUGGAGAAAGCAAGAACAUGAAGAACAGCAGCCUCGACAACCUCACACUCUAAGGUGA